GAAGAGGAGCGUAGCUGCGAGAGAGCUCAUCACAGGAGUGUGUCGGAAACACAGCAGAGGAGCAUCUCUCCGUUGGAGUAUCACAGCGCUGGUGGUGCUGGCAGAGCAUGCAAGAGUGGAGACAGGGGAAUCUACUGGUGCUGUUGAUCCCGGUGUCCAUGGCAAAAGCUGCUUGAGCAGGAGACAGGGAAAACGGCGCAGCAGCCAGGAUCUUGCCAAGGGGGUAGCAUUUUACAGCGACAACGAAGCGUGGAGACAGCUGAAACCUGCACACACACUGGAAAACACACGUGCACACAGUUGAGUUGGGUGCGACAGUCGUACUCAUGCUGCAUUUAAAAGAUUCUCUACAACCCUUCUUCUUCUGAAACACACAAACUUGCACAGAUACAAAAUGGUACAUUUUCUUGUGCAUGGAUCCUGGAUGAUGGAGAGAAAAACUUCUGGAUAGGGAAUUCGUUUUAAAGCAGAAUUUACCGCAGACAUUUUUCCUCUCAGAAUAACUUUCUCGUUUUGGGGGAGUUGCAGGUUUAAUCCCUCUAUCUAAGCACAACACAAAAUAACCACUAUUCUUAGUUGCAGGAAUUGAGAGCGGUCUUUGAGACCAUUAAAAUGCAUCAUCCUGAUUCAGUCUGAGCAGUAAGUGGAUUAUGACGGCAAUAUUUUGGGAUUUCUCCUUCGCUUGAAAAAGAAAAGUCCCAAGAGAAAUAUAUCCAUGACCGGUGGAUAUACGUCUGUCAGAGAAGGAGAGGAUCCUGAGCUUUUUCUCCUCUCUUCUCCUGUGGAUUACAGAUGGGCUUUGUGAUCUCCCAGUGCAGUCACAUGGAUGAUCGCUCGCUGCCAGUCAUUAGGAUAAAGUACAAAGAGGGACACAAGUGAGUAUUCAGCUGGAUUUCUAUCUCUGAAGGCUUAAGCUUGUGUGAAAACAAGGGUGUCGGAGAUGAAUCUGGAAUGAGAACACACCACAGCAGCUUGUUUGUUUCUAUUUUAAUAACAGAAAAUGCAACUCGUUGAUUAAAUUGCUGUGUUGUGUUGGAUGAGUGAUUAUCAGGGUGUUAAAGGUAGACACACAUCCUCAGAUUUAUUAAUUGUUACAAUAGGAAACCUGUAUGUUUACAGACCAUUUGCCAAUCAACAUAAUUUACUAAAUGAGGGGUACUGUCUACCCGGCAGGUGGCUUGGGCACAAGUGGAGAUUGAUUGAAGUGAUCUUUGUGACUCCUAUUAAUGCAUCCUGGACUCUGGCCAAGGCAGUAGCGAUGGAGGGGAACACUGCUGUCUAGCAGCACUAUCUGAUCUGCACCCUCACUGGACAAACCAAGCACCCUCUGCACUCCCUCUUCAACAACACUCCUCCUCCUCCUCUUCUCGCCCAGGCAAGGAUGGUACCUCCACCUCCCACCAACAAGCCCCAUGUGUGCCUGUCCACCAUCGUGAUCAUGAGCAGCAUGGCACUGAUUGAUGCCUACUUGGUGGAGCAGAACCACGGGCCACGCAAGAUUGGCAUCUGCAUCAUGGUGAUGGUGGGGGACAUCUGCUUCCUGAUAGUCUUGCGUUACGUGGCAGUGUGGGUGGGUGCCGAGGUGCGCACGGCUAAGCGAGGCUACGCCAUGAUCCUCUGGUUCCUUUACAUCUUCGUGCUGGAGAUCAAGGUCUACUUUGUGUAUCAAAACUACAAGGCUGACAGGAAGAGCCUGGAUGCUCUCGCAAGGAAAGCGUUGACGUUGCUGCUGUCCAUUUGUAUCCCUGUGCUAUUUGUGGUACUGGUUGCUAUCGACCAUAUGGAGUAUGUUCGCGCCUUCAAAAAGCGCGAAGAGAUCCGCAAUCGUCUCUUCUGGGUUGUGGUGGACUUGCUGGACAUACUCGACAUCCAAGCCAACCUGUGGGAGCCCCAAAAGAAGGGGCUUCCAUUGUGGGCGGAGGGUCUGAUGUUCUUCUACUGCUACAUCCUGUUGCUCGUGCUGCCCUGCGUGUCCUUGAGCGAGAUCAGCAUGCAGGGCAUCAACAUCGUGCCCCACAAGAUGCUCCUGUACCCAAUCCUGAGCCUGAUAACCAUCAACGUCAUCACCCUCUUCAUCCGCGGCGGAAACAUGAUCCUCUAUAGGGACGCCAGGGUAUCCGGGAUCCUGAUAGGAAAGAACAUCCUGGCCAUCAUCCUAAAGACCUGCAGCUUCGUGCAGUAUAGGAGACAGUUGCAGAACGCUUCUCCUGCCUUCGGGGUGGAGCUGCAAAAAAACUCUGUGGCCCACGCUCGCCCUGCCCCCAUCCCUCCUCAAGUGAUCAUGCAGGACCAGACGGCCCUCCCCGAGGUGACGUCGUGUGAGCACACAUGACCCUCAGAACGCUGGCAGGGCUCAACAUUCCACCCCUUUUAGGGCACGUGAAGACUCAUGUGGGCAAACAUUGAUGCUUAAUGGCACGCAGGACACUGCAGACGCUCAGCGACAAUAGAGUGGUGCUGUAUCCAAAGCUGUCAUGGUGCAAAAUACAGCAUCAAUUUUGAUUUUGUUGAAGCAUUUCCUCCAAUGGUUUCGGUUAACUGUGUAUUUUUUCUAAUUGUACAAAAUAUAUAAAAAAAAGGGCAACUACUGCAAGAUUAGAGGAUAUAUUUUUGAAUUGUGUGUGUUCAAAUCUUAAACUUAAGAGUCUGUGUGCCGUGGUGUGUGUAUUUCUGUUGCUCGAAUGUUCUUAGUAGUCGAGGGCUUUAACACGUCAAAGUCAGGAGGAGCAACCAAUGGGAGAAUCAAAGUAAUGAAAAUAACAGUUAAAGCGUUCUCUUGAAAGAAGUGUGUUUUUUACAUGUGAUUCUUUAAUAUAAAGUAUUGUGUACAAGAUAAAGGCUUUCCUGCUCUUUUACUCGCUGUAAAAAAAAGUUUUUUCAUGAAAUGAUUUAAAAGUUAUUGGACCAAUUGAGUUUAUUUCACUUUUUAAUCAAUAUUCAGCAGAUGUUCUUUAAUUACGAUGGUUUACAAAUGAAAAUAGAGAAUGAUUUUUUCUCGCUCUGGUUAAAUCUACAAUUAGAGACUACUUAAUUGCUCAAGUGGCGCCUUUGUAAUGUCUUUCAACUCGAGUGUGAUCCUUACGUUCCAGACUGCUUGUUAGAAGGGAACAUUUGAAAUAAAUUCUGUGCGCAGUUAUGAGCAGUUUGAUCACUGCAAAGGGUGACGAUUGUGCCGCAACCAUAGGAACGAAUACACAGCCAAGGGGCACCAUUGCAGAUGGAUAAAUGAUUCCCAAAUAAGGAAACCUGUUUAAUAUCCUCCUCAGGCUCCCAGUGACUAUCUGUGCUUGUGCUUUAGUGGCAGAUCUUUGUCAGCACUGUCAUUUUGUUCUUCACACAAAAGGACAAAAUGGAUACUUUGGUCCAGUGAUGUGAAUCCAAACAACAGCCAAGAAAACAUCAUGCCUUCUAAAAUGACAAAUCUCUUUCUGUCUCAAGGAAUCAUUUUCCCCUCAAUCACCACCGGUUGAGUCAGAGCUGGACAUUUUAUUUUGAUGCUUUCAGUAAGAGACAUUAGUACUUACUUGUUGAUUGUCAGAAGAAAAGCCCCUGAUAAAUGGAAGGAGGAUUUUUACUGGGUUGGCCAUUGCUAACGAAGCCAGAAAUGCAAAGACAAAUUGAACUAUGAAGUUAAGUGGUGUGAUAUGACGCAGCGCAAAAAAGCAAAUAAUUUUCCUGGCAGAGGUGCCAAACAAAAAAAGGCUCCUUCUCUUGUACUCAGGUUAUUUCCUUUGCAUAAUCUCUGUCUCACCAGUGAUUGCAUAAUUUAACGCAGACUGGCUGUCCAUGUUUGUUAACGCCCUAAGAGUGCAGAAGCUUGUCCAACAUUUUCAUCUGUGAAAGGCACAGCUACAGGAAGGUGGCAACUUUCUGAGGCACGAACCAUACUAUCACAUCAAGACUGCUGUAGCCAGCAUUAUUUGUCUGUGUUGGUGUCUUGUAAAGUUACAACAUCAGCAAUUUAGAUGCUAUAUGGAUCGUAUUUUUUUUACAGAACUCUAGCAAUAAAAGGAAAACAUUCAUCCUUUAGAGUUGAAUGUGCUGAAUGAGGAGAUCAGUGAUGAACAAUGGGCAAAUGUUUCUGCUGAAAUGGGCUGCGUGGAAGAUGAUGAAAGAGUUACGACAAAAACAACAUCAUUCUAUUGUGCUCUACAAUCAAUAUAUAACAUUCACAUACCUUGAACACAAGGUAAUGCUUUCACAAAAGAUGGCAUUCAAGUCUUUAGUCUUCAUCAUCUUCAUUCAAUGUUGAACCUGAAUGUAACUCACAAAAAUGAAAUUGUGUAGAAGAAAAUUCUUCAACAAUUACCAUUCAAACAGCAGAACUUGGUACGUUUAUACAUCUAUCCCAGUACGCAAUGUAUGGAGGUCAGAGAAGCACCGUGGAUAGGCUAGCAGUCCACUGCAGAGCUAAGAAACAGACAAACGCACUCUUUUUCAAUUUUUUUGAGUCUUGUGUGCAUUUUGACUUUGACAGGAAGAUAAGAGCAUCUAUGGGCACACAGGAAGCACAUUAUGCAAACUAAUGCUAAGUUUCAAAGCCAGGUCCCCCUUGCUGUGAUGUGAUAACUGAACCACUGUGACAGCCUGCAAAGCACAUUCUCAUUCGUUUCAACUCUCAUGUGCAGUUUAAAUGUUGCAUAUGUGGCACAGUUUCUUUACAUAUUGUUAAAACAGGCAUAAGCAAAACAACGCGUUUGCAUUUGAAGUUGUGCAUGUCCUGGACGGGUUGCCAUGAGUUCGAGCAGAUGAUGCACUACAGUCACACACGAAGAACAGAUGGCUGGGGAAAGGAUAACAACUUGUUCAGGCUGAAUGCAAAGGCCUUUACUUUACAGUAUGCAGUGGUGGACGACAUAUUCAGAUUCUUUACUUAAGGAAAAGUUCUAAUACAACACUGAAAUAAUUCCACUAAAAGUAAAAGUCAAUACCUGACUUAAGGGAAACACCAACUCAAUUAAGAAGUCCAAUAUGUAAUUUCCCUGGCCUAGGAAAGUUCAAUUAAUAUAUGUGAACAGGAGGUACUCUCUCCCAAAGCUAUAAACCAGAGAAGUAAGUCUGGAGCUGCUACACAGACUAUGAAUGGAUAAGUUAUUUUGUGGACCCACAGAAGGUUUGUUUUCAUCUUUUAAACCCAAAUGAGUUUCAUUCUAUUGUAGUGUUUUCACUGUCAAAUGUACCCACAUACUCAGAACACUCCCCAGGGUGCUCUCAGUGUCAUCUAUAACAUCUUUCACAAUUCAGUGUCUAUGGAGCAGUUCCAGACUUUAUACUUGAUGACAGCACUCAUGUUUUUGGAUAUGGUGUUGAGUUGUUUAUGUUUACUAAUAUUUUUGGACCAUCUUAGAAUUUUGAAAAAUGGGCGUAGUUCUCCUUUCAGUAAAAGUAUGUAAAUAUUAUCAGCAACAUGUUCUUAAAAGUAUCAAAGUAAAAUACUCAUUCUGCAGAAAAAUGUUCGCUCGGUGUCAGUGUUUUACUAUUAUAUAUGAUGUUUUUGGAUUAAUAUGCUGCUGCAUUAAUGUGUAUUUCGCAUUUUACUGCUGUAGAUGUUUAAGGUUGUGCUAAGUUUAAGUACUAUUGAAAUAAAGGAUCCUUCUUUCAGUUUAUCAGAAACAUUCAGAUUAAAAAUCACCAAAUGUGGAGAUACAUGGUUUCACUGGACAGGAACGAUAUGAAGAAUUGUAAUCUGAAAUCCUUUAAUUUCACAUUAUCUUGUUAAUUAAACUUUCA